UUGUGCAGAUUUCAAGUAUUUAUUUAUUUAUUUAUUUAUUUAUUUAUUUAUUUAUUUAUUUAUUUAUUUAUUUAUUUAUUUAUUUAUUUAUUUAUUUGUUUGUUUGUUUGUUUGUUUGUUUGUUUGUUUGUUUUCUAGCUGAACACAAAACCUAGUAUUUGUAGGAAGUUUUGGCAGAAGGAUUUUGUUCCCUCUGAACAGUUCUCCUGUUAUGUUGCUAGUCUUCAUGCCAAGUAUACCAAGCAGCUGGCCAAAGUUCUACAAUCAAUCUUAUAUUCUGGCUCUCCACCAGAAAACAAAUGUGCACAUUUCUUGAAAUAUCCAUCUGUUCUUUAAGCUGUUCUUUAAUUUUGCUUUUCACAGUUUCUUUUUAUUUCUCUGUUUGUAUGUGUGAGGUCUUUAUGUUUUCCCGUCUCACCUCUUCCUCCCCUCGCUCUGUGUUUUCUGCUUGUUGUAAGUACUCCCACUGUAGCUCGUAGUACUCUAAAUGCUAUAAGGCCUCCUGAUAGCCCUCCUGGGUCUAGUCUGAUGGAGCUCUGUUCCAAAAAUAGUGCCUCUUUUGUAAACAGCAGAGCAAUUAAGUGUUUGGAUGGUUAAAACGUCUGCUACGUAUCAGCCUCCACUCCAUCAUUUAGAUGCAUCUCACACGAUCACCGAGGCAUCAGGUGAACCUGCUCAUUCUUAUCCUCUCUAAUUACAACUCACUUGGCUCUUUCAAAACCUCCAGGUGAUCAAUUACGCCGUCUGUGCACUGACGCCGAAAAUAUUGUAAACUCAGCGAGGAGUGGUGAUUGCAGCCUUUGUUAUGACGGCGUUGCAUUAGGCUAUCAAUGUGAGUGCUUAGCUUUGAUUGGCAUUUAUUAACUGGUGAGAGCGUCAUUUCUGAAGUGAUCCAUUAUCCACAUGUUAAAUCACUGCGGCAGGCUUUUUUUUGUUUUUGCAGAACAAAUAUACAAUUUAGAGGUCAAUUGGAAGGCAAGAAAAAUGACUAGAGAUCUUCCUUAAGAUAACUCUAAAUGUGCUACCCCUUCACUAAGUAAAAUGCUUAUUGUCUAAAUGUUAGAGACACCCUCCUGUUGUGCAGCUGUUGUCGUGUGGUUUGUUUUUACUCCAAAGGUCCCGUACUAAAGUCAGCGUUCAGUCUGUACUCGUCUCUGUGGCUCUCCAUCCAGGUCAGCAGGUGUGGAUUCGUAGCAUGCUGAGUAAUGAGUAUUCUUUUCUUACAGGGAGUCUUUGGUGGUAAGCAUUAGAUUAAAGUGUUGCAGGUGUGUGAGAUUACAGACAUUAGUGCUGUGUGCUCUCAUCACCUGCAUAUGCAGCCUUGAAACCCCAGAACGAUGCAUCGGCAUAAUUACGAAGCCGUGCUGCCCACUUCAACCAGCCAGCAGGUCAAUCAUCGCCACAGCUUUGCGUGGUGAAAUUGGCCCAUUUCUCUUUAUUUAUGAGCAAAUCCCUGAGAACUGUGGAGCUUGGAAAAUCCUAAGUUUCCCACAUGUCCCCACAGAAGAGUCUCUGUGGAAAAAUUUUGUAAAACUUCCGUUCUGCUUGUAAUCGUUUACAGAAUACAAAAUAUCAGCUACUUUUUAAAUGCUUCUAGUUUUAAAAUACCGUGGUGGUAAAAAAAAGUAAGUACACCUUCUUUCAGUUGAAAUUUUCUACAUUUGUGACAGCAAAAUCAUCUUAAAAUCAAGUAAAUGUAACCACUUACAAACAAUUGAGCCAUGCUAUUGGUCAUCUUUCAAGAACUAAGUAAAGCGUUAAGGGGAUAUUGCUUUCCUAUUCUUGGUUUCGAUAGUUUUUCUGUUUUUCUUAAUGAAAGAACUUAUUUGAAAACUAUAGUUUAUUUUAUUUAUUUUUACACAAAUUAUUUACACAGAUAUUAAAAAUCAUAUGACGAUCUGAAAAUUUUAGAAAGAUCCUCACAUGAAGUAAAAAUGGAAGAAAUCUGUAAGGACUGGGGAAACUUUUUUAUUGCAUCAGCUUAGAUCUUUAUAAAAUGGCUGCUUCCACCCUUAAAUCUGAGAAGGAUUAUAUGAACAAAUCGGAGUUAAAAAAUGAUCACAGGAAAAGGAUAUUUACAAAUCUGCAACGUUGUAGGAACCAGAUAUUCUAGCAAAUUCACCAAGAUUUAGACCACAUAUUAUUCAGAAAACUAUUGAAAGUUCUAAGUUAUAUCCAGUAUUCUACAGAUCUCAGUUACCAUAGUUAAUAUUUGUGGUACAGUUUGUGCAAAAAAACAAACAAAAAAAAACAAAAAAAAAACGUAUGAUUUUAUGAUUUUAAAAAACUACAGGAAGAAAGUACAGGAAGUUGUUUCUAACACUGUGCAACUAAGUUAGUUUUUGCACUGGGUGAAGACUGUAGUAAGCAUUUUAGGCUACACACUUCAAACCAAUUUACAAGCUGAUAACAAAAUCCAAGUUGUUUUCUGCUUGCUUUGUAGCAAGGCGCCUUGAAUUCCAUCCAUCGACAAUGAACACCUCAGUUUCCUAGAGUAAUGCAGAGUAAAAUGUGACGCCAUCUAACAGCUCAUGCUUGGCCACAAAACUGGGUCAUACUUGAGCAGUAUGAUUCCAGAAACAGCAGCAAACCUGCAGCUGCUUACAGGAGAUGAAAAUCACCUACAUGUCAAAAUGAAUAAGGCAAACCAAUGAUAACCUGUGGACCGAAACUUUUCUUUUCAAUGUGUGAGACCAACUAUGAGACAAAUAAAAAAGAAAAAAGAAAAAAGAUGAUUGCUUCAGGUGAUUGCUGCUAAAUGAUCCUGAGGUUUGUUUUAGGUUUUCAGGUUCCAUUUCUGAGCUUUGGGUUAGUGUUUGCUAGGUGGAAUAUUUUUUGAGUCAUCUGUGGUUGUGUUUGCCUGAUUUUAAGAUCUGGGAAGAAGCUGAUAAUUGUUAUAAAGUCCUGCUACAUAAGACUGUGACAUUGAAAGAAGAUGUACCUACCUUUUUACCAGAAUCAAAAGAUACAAUUUGAGUCUCAUGAAAUUUACUCUUACCACUUCAACUAACUUAACUGAAAACUCUUUUACUCUCCGGCCUUGUACGUUUGUGCGUCUGUCUCUCGUCAAUCCUCUCUUGAUCCUUUCUUCUCGUCCAACCGUGUCUGUUUGUCCGUGGUCCCACAUCAUAUCUUCCAGUGGGGCUGCGGAUAAGGGUGGGCAGGGCGCAGCUGGACCCUCAUCAGGGGCCAGUGACAGCGGGGGUGGCGCUUGCUCCAGUACAGGAGCAGGGCCAAGUCGCAGCGACAGCAUUCGGAGCAUGGUGACGGGGGGCAGCAAGGCCGGGCGCUGGCAGACCCUCCAGAGCCACAUGCAUGCCGGAGCCCUGCGGUUUAGCAAUUUCGGGGAUGCUUCCCUCUCGUCUGCCUCCACUCUGGAGCACAUCCCGUCAUCGGCUGUCGCGCGUCCCCGCCCUCUUGUCCGCCAGCAGAGCCUCCAACAGCCCCUCACCCACCAGCCCCCUCCGGGUCCCAAUGACCCCCCGGUCACCUCACAGAGCCUGGGUCAGUUGCACACAGGCCCAGGCGGCGGGGGCCACCGUGGGGGCCCGCGGGGGGUCCGGGGGAGUCCGGCUGGAGCGUCCAGGUCUAGAGGGACAGGGGCUGGCCGAUCACGGUCAAAUCCAGGGAGCUGGGACCACAUGAUGGAGCAGAUUCGUCACAGAGGUCUGGACGUCAAGUCAUUCCUUGAGGGGAAGAUGGUUGUUCUGUCUCUAGCAAUCGGGCUGGCUGAACAGGAUGACUUUGCCAACCUCCCAGAUCUUCAGGAAGCUCCGGCAAGCAAAGAAAAUGAAACCACACCAGAUAAAAGAACUCCAGGAAACAAACCAGGCAGCAGUCCCAGAGGUCAGACCCCAGAUGAAACUGGACGUCGCCAGGGGCAGAACCACGAAGCCAACUCUUCUGUCACAGAGUUAGCCAACUCGGUCACCAGUGACGUGCUUAUGCUGUCACCAGGUUCUGAGGAGGACGAACACGAGGGUCCAGUGCGUGAGAAACUGGGUCGCAUCCAGUUCAGUGUUGGAUAUAGUUUUCAGGACUCAACUCUCACUGUCAAAAUUCUCAAAGGCCAGGAUUUGCCUGCUAAGGAUUUUUCAGGCACGUCUGAUCCUUUUGUGAAAAUCUACCUACUCCCUGACAAGAAGCACAAAUUGGAGACUAAAGUGAAGAGGAAGAAUCUAAACCCUCACUGGAAUGAGACAUUUUUAUUUGAAGGCUUCCCCUAUGAAAAGGUGGUUCAGAGGACUCUCUACCUGCAGGUUCUUGACUACGACCGAUUCAGCAGGAACGACCCCAUCGGGGAGGUGUCCAUCCCCCUCAAUAAGCUGGACCUGGCCAACAUGCAGACUUUCUGGAAGGAGCUGAAACCGUGCAGCGAUGGCAGUGGAAGUCGAGGGGAUCUCCUAGUGUCCCUGUGCUAUAAUCCCACAGCCAACACCAUCACUGUGAGCAUCAUCAAAGCACGCAACCUCAAAGCCAUGGACAUUGGAGGCACUUCUGACCCAUAUGUAAAAGUGUGGUUGAUGCAUAAAGACAAACGUGUGGAGAAGAAGAAGACGGUGGUAAUGAAACGCUGCCUGAACCCUGUUUUUAACGAGUCCUUUCCCUUUGACGUGCCGGCCCACGUGUUGAGGGAGACCACCAUAAUUAUCACCGUCAUGGACAAGGACAGACUCAGUCGCAAUGAUGUCAUUGGAAAGAUUUAUCUUUCAUGGAAGAGUGGCCCCGCAGAGGUAAAACACUGGAAAGACAUGAUAAGUCAUCCUCGUAACACCGUGGCCCAGUGGCACUCUCUCAAAGCCUGAGGGGCCCAGCAGCCAAACAGCCUAAAGUGUUACCAGUCAAACACCAAGGCCCGUACCCCUCCCCCCAACCUGCUCCUCUGAGAAGUCAAUGUGAGCCUCUCAGCACACAUCCCUUUUCCUCUAAAUGCAGUGUUGGGCUGUGGACCAUGUAUCACCUCUUUGUUCUCAGGCCUCUUUGAUAUUCCUCGCCCUCAGUCCUUGUGAAUCAGCCCUAAAAUUGCACCCUCUUGUCAAGUUCUGAUUGCCACCUGACUCCUUCACAUUGGUUCGUCUGAACUUUAAAAUGUCUUUGAUGUCUUAGCUCCUUUGUGCCCUCUUUCUAUACCAUUUAUUUCCCGAGAUCUCUCAAUCUCUUCUUCCAUCAUAUCGGCCAGUCCUAGAGUCUAACAUCAGAGCAGUGGCUCUUGCUGCCCAUGGAUACAAACUACCAACCAAAAAUGAAUCAAACUGAUAGUCAAAUCAUCCUCUGCGGCAGCAAGAGGGACUGUGUUUGAACGGGUGUGACCUGAGGGAUCCAUGCACCACCUCCCGUCAAAUGUCUUCACUCCUCCCAUUUUUGUCUCUGAUCCUCCAUAUCCUCAAAAUGCCUAAAAUAUCAGGAAUCCGGCACAGAAGAAGUGACAGAGUGAAUCUCAAAUGGACUGGAAGUGGACUCUGUUGUUUAGGUUUUCUUUUAUCACUUUCCCUCCUCACUGCCACUGCUGUAAUAAUUCUCCCCUGGCUGAAACCCUUUUGUCGUCUGUGCGUAAUGUGGGUGACGUGCCGUAGUCUGAAAUAAUGUUCUUCAAUUAAAAAAAGGGGGUAUGAGCAUGAACAUUUAACACUGGUUAGAAAAGGUGAGUGUGGAAAAUAUUUUUCUCUUAGAAAAGAAAUCCUUCUGGACCAAAUUUAGGAGCAAAGUGAUUAUCCUAAUUUUUCUUUCUUAUUGCAGGGGGGUGGGGGGAGUGGGUUCAACAACUGUUCUUCCAGAACAAAAAGUCUCUUCCAACUGUGCGAUGGGGUGGAUAAAUGUGUGUAUGUAUGAGGGGGUAUUUUAGACCUGCACUGCUAAAUUAAAGCUAUUGUUGUACGCAAAAUGUUCAUCAUCGCAAAGGUAGAAUUAGUAGAAAUUAUCACCUAAUUGAUGAUUUCUAAAUUCUCUGGAAGGAAGCCCAAAUUAUGAAUGCACAUACAGAAAUCAAGUUUAUUUGUAAUUUCCAACUGGUAGUUUAAAACAAACUAGCAACACCCAUCAACCUGAUAAAGAUGUGUAAAAAGCCUUAAAGUGAAUUCAUAUUUGGAGUGGCACAUUUUAUAGGGGUAGAGUGUUCGGCUCAUUAUUCGGACACUAGCCGUCCGGGAUUCAAUUCCUGACCUUGGCAUCCUGGAGCCCACUAGUGCCACAAACCAGAAAUAAAGUGAUGUUUUAUUGAAGCACCAAAAUGUUCUCAUGUUUUUUUUAAUUUUUUUAUUUAUUUAACCUCUCUUAACCACCCUGCAAACCAUGAGUGGUAAUAGAAUAAAUGUUUGUCACAGUUCCAAUUGGUUGAACGUUGGUUCAAACAUUUGAAUAAUUGCCAUUACUUAUCUGUAUGAGCAAAUUUAGGUGAGUAACUACAGUAUUUUCCUGUAACCAUUUUCUGCCCACUAGAAAUCACAACUCAAAUCACAAAUGUUGGAAAGUGACUGAAAGAGUCACGAUGGUGUGUACUUUUUAUUUCAUGUUUCUUCUAAAAUGUUACUUUUUCCCCCACUGAAUGCACAAAAUGCAUUAAAUUCAGUCACUGCAAUAAAAAACAAAUUUAUUUAAAGGCUGUUUAUACAUCUUUAGUAUGGUUUCAGUUAAUGGUAAAAUGCUCUAGUGCCUGAUAUGAUCUGCUGAAAAAUAUUAUUGCAAUGGUCUAAAUCAUUUCAGUAUCACAUCAUAAUAAUGUCAGAGAAGUCUUAGUAAAGAGCGCAAAACAUAAAGCGUAUGGGAAUUUUUGUUUGCUUGUCAGUGGAUACUUUAGGUAUAACGUUGAAACAAAUAAUGGCAGAAAUCAAAUAUUUUUUUUUAACAAGGUAUUUUUUUAAGUGGUAAAUUUAAAAAAAAUAAAUAAAUAAAAGAGCCUUAGUGUGAUAAAAUGUCUUUAUUUAUGUACAUUGCAUUUAAAUACAAAAACACUGCCAGUGUAAAGCAACAAAUACACAAAGGGAUGAAGUAAGUAAUAUUCUAAAUUGAAAUGGCAACAGAAGAAGUAUACAGGUCAUAAAAUAAUCAUGCAAGAAAGUUAGUUCAUAAUCUCAGGAAAGUUGAUGCUAAAAUUCAAAAAAUGACUCAAAAUGAAUUAUUGAAUCAAUCCAAUGGAAUAAAAAUUUGUUCCUGACAGGGAAAAUUGACUCAAUGUCCUUUUUUUGUUCUUUACUGCUGAUGUUGAACUGAAGUUCUCCAUUUUAACAUAAGAUCUUUGAGAUCUGCAGAGAUGCAGUCAAAAGAAAGAAUCAAAGUAAACCUGUACUUUUGCCGUUUACUUGACUUGUUUUGUAAAUUUAUCUGAACUAAAACAAAAGAAAUAAGAAGAAAAUGGACAGAGAGUAAAUUGUGACGUAACUACACAUUCCGGUAAAUUAAAACCACACUGUGCUUGUCAAGCACUGAGAACUGCAGUGCCUAGACUUAAAGCUGAAUUUAUGUUGGGAUGGGGUCGGAUUGAAGUACAGGUCAGCUUCCUGAGUGUUUGUUUUACUGCCUGAGAAUGACCUCCAUCACAUCCCACUUAGACAUGUAUUGAUCACAUGAAUGAAAACAAAUGAGACUAAUAAAACCUGAGGGGAGUACUUUUACAUUCCACAGUUUGUGUUUGUCUUCUGGAGGUGUGUAUGUGUGUCUGCACUUUGUGCGCGUGCUGGUAUUUGGACUUUUUACUCUGUGUGCAUCUACAAUGAGCUAGAGUUUGCCAUUUUGAUGCUGAUCGGCAUUGUUUACUGUUUUUUAAUCCUGUAUAGAUUCAGAUGUACAAAGACAAGUGUUGUUGUUUCGGUUUUCUUAAAGAUUGUCAGUUUUUGUAAGCAUCACUGCACUUGUUGACGACAAUGCUGGAGCAAACCUCUCUUCACAGCAGGGUUAUUUCAUUGUGUCUGGUUUGGCUUGAGGGUUAAAACUCUUGAAAAGAAGCCUAAAGUCUUGAGAUUAAACAUCCUUAAUCUGACUGUCAAGUUUUUGUUUAGACCAAAGCAGCUUCCAGCAUCCUGCCCUGGAUGUCCAGUGUCCUUACUAUCUGAUUCUAUCUCACUCAAAUGGCAUCUCCUUCACAUCUCAGCUGGCGCUCCACCAAAAUGCCCCCAUUGUGCACACAUGCUUCCUGGCACAGAGUGUGCUGUGUGUGCCUUGUAAACUCUGCCACACCCUGCUCUUCACCAUAUGCGCUCACUCUGUCAGGAAGGGGGGAGGGCGUUUCAAAAAGGGUGAAAUGGGAGAUAAUCAGAAUCAUCAUUGAUGUUAACUAAGUCUCAGUCCAUAGCAGAGUGUUGAGCCUCCUGAGGUAAGCAGCAAUAAAAGCUGUGUUUGAAGUUCUUGUGUGUUGAGCAGGAGAUUAUUUUAAAUACUGAUGAAAAGUCAUUCAAAUUCAAAGGUUAUGAGGAUGUCACUUUAGUCUACGCUGUUUAAAUAUCGAGUGAAGACAUGGCGGAAACCAGAUAUCUACAUGCACUGCACAAAAAAGACAUAACUUUUUCUUCUCACUGUGUUUUAGGUCUAUUAGGAUUAUCAAAAGAGUUCCAUUUACCAAAUCUAAAAAUGGUGAAAGAAUUUUUAAAAUAUUUAUUGUUUUACUUUCUUUAGCUUCAGAAGUUUUCGUCCAUUUUCAUAGUAUUUGUUAUAUUUGGGGGGUUUUUUAUCUGGUUAACUUGGCU